AUGGCGGAUAACAACCAAGGCUGUAAGAUUACUUUGUACUGGCUCGAGCAAUCUCGAAGCCACCGCAUUCUCUGGCUUCUGGAAGAGCUGCAGCUGAAAUAUGAGCUCAAGACGUACAAGCGUCGCGCCGACAAGCUCGCCCCGAAAGAGCUGAAGGAGAUUCAUCCUCUUGGUAAAUCACCUUUGAUCACCAUCGAGGCGCCAGGAGCCACGAAGCCUCUGGUACUGGCCGAGUCUGGCGCGAUUGUGGAAUAUCUUGUCGACCAUUUCGGUGCCGCGCGACCGACGCUAGUUCCCCAACGGUACUUGGCCGGCCGUGAAGGCCAGGUGGGUGGAGAGACUGAGGAGUGGAUGCGCUAUCGCUAUUUCAUGCACUACGUUGAGGGCAGUCUCAUGCCUUUCUUGGUGAUGACUUUGGUGAAUGACUCUAUUCGAAAUUCCCCUCCCUUCUUUGUUCGCCCGAUCACUAGUAUGGUUGCCUCACAAGUGGAAAGCCAAUUCCUCACCCGCAAUGUUGAGGGCAACCUAGCAUUUAUCGAGGAUCAAUUGCGUACUGCUCCUGAAGGAGGUCCUUUUAUCUGUGGAAAGGAACUCACUGCUGCUGAUAUUCUAAUGAGCUUCGCGGUCAUUGCAGUCAGUGGUCGAAUGUUGAAGGAGCAGAAGAACCGCGACAAGUACCCUCUGUUCGCUGCGUACGCCAAGCGACUGGAAGAGGCUGACGGGUACAAGUGUGCCGUCAAGAAGAUUGAGGAGAUUGAUGGAAAGUUCUCUGCCUCCAUGUAA